GAGGCGCGGGGACCGAGCCCUAAGGCCUUGUUAAGCCGGGUGGGCCACGGGCUUAAGGGGAAUGGAUGAAAGUGCAGAAAGAGGUGGUUUGUUUUCAGAAAUAGCAGGAAAUGGGACUGGAGCAUCUCGGUGUGUUUCUUUUUUAGUUUUUUAACUAGUGAUUGGAAAGGGAGGGUUUCUGAGAAGAAACCAAGUUGAAAUUACAAUACAUAGGCGACUCCUUGGACUGUUAAAAAUUCUAGAGGAAAAAUGAACAGUAAUUGAUUAUUGUGAUUGGGCAGUCGUCUGAUUGUGAACCAAAGUAUUUGGCCAUUUACAAAAAAUGCUCACUAUGGUUAUAAAUGGGAUUUGGAUUGGAAAAAAAAGUUAGUCUAUUUUUACUCUGUAAAGCUUUCUCGAGUACUAAUAUCCCCAGUAAGGAUAUCUAGAUACACUUGGUUAUAACUGAUAUACUGUUGGGUAUGUAUCACUAGUUUACACAGAAUCUCAAAACUGCUUCUCUUUGGAUUUGUAUACAGGCUUGAUAACAUGAGUUACCUAGGUGGGGGUUGGAAUCCAAACAAAACGUGUUUAGCUACCUUUUUGUGUUUUGCAAACUUCUUUUUUAACUGUCAUGCAUUUUUCUAGUAAUAGCUCUUCAAGUCUGCAAUAAAAAAUGGCCUCCAAUAAAACUACAUUGCAAAAAAUGGGAAAGAAACAGAAUGGGAAGAGUAAAAAAGUUGAAGAGGCAGAACCUGAAGAAUUUGUAGUAGAAAAAGUACUGGACCGACGUGUAGUGAAUGGGAAGGUGGAGUAUUUCCUGAAGUGGAAGGGAUUUACAGAUGCAGACAAUACUUGGGAACCUGAAGAAAAUUUAGAUUGUCCAGAGUUAAUUGAAGCAUUUCUUAAUUCUCAAAAAGCUGGUAAAGAAAAAGAUGGAACAAAAAGAAAAUCUUUAUCUGACAGUGAAUCUGAUGAUAGCAAAUCAAAGAAGAAAAGAGAUGCUGCUGAUAAACCAAGAGGUUUUGCCAGAGGUCUUGAUCCAGAACGAAUAAUUGGUGCCACAGACAGCAGUGGAGAAUUGAUGUUUCUCAUGAAAUGGAAGGAUUCAGAUGAGGCAGACUUGGUGCUGGCAAAGGAGGCAAAUAUGAAGUGUCCUCAAAUUGUAAUUGCUUUUUAUGAAGAGAGACUAACUUGGCAUUCUUGUCCAGAAGAUGAAGCUCAAUAAUUGUUUGUGUUGCUUUUUAUAUAUAUUUAUAUAUAUAUAUAAAAUCUGUGUCUUGGUUUUUUGAUUUAUUAGUGUGAAGAAAUAACUACAUCUAAUGAAAAUCAAGUUUGAUAUGUUCUUUUGAAGUAGUAUUGGGGAAGUUGUUGGGGUUUUGUUUUGUUUUUUUGCAUCUGUAGCACUGGUUACUUUGAACAAAUAAAAGCUUUCUGUAGUUGCUUCCUUUAGCAGAAAAGAACAUUUGAUACCACGGUAUGUUAUUUCCUCUGCAUUAGAGAACAGCUUUUCUAAAUGUUGGGGGAAGUCUCCAUAGUCAUUACUCAGUCAGAAUUUAGAAUUUGCAUUUAACUCAUAUAUGCCUAAGGACCAUUCUGGGUUUUUUGAAUGUGUAUACAUAAAAUAUAUAUGUAAAUGGUUUGGGGUUUUUUGUUGUUUAAAUACAUUUACCAAAACAAAAACAGCUUUUCACAACCAUGAAUAAGCCCAUGUUUCUGGGAUUCCAUCAUUUUAAGCAGUAUAAGAAAUCACUUCAACUUAAAAUGAAAAAUUUAAGUCUUAACCUUUCAAAUUAAAUAAUUUUGUAAUUAAGUAGACAAAUUAAUGUAAACAAUUUAAAUUGGGUAAUUUUUUAAAGCAGCCCUAUCAGAAUCUGCAUUAAUAUCUACAGUCAUAUAAAUGUACUUUUACAUGCAAAACCCCUAAAAGGAAAAUUUUAUCACUAUCAACAACCUCCCCACCCAAAUGAGAAAACUAGCAAAUAUCUGAUAUGUUUUAAUUAGCCAAGCAAGACUUAGUUAACCGGACAUUUAAAGGUUCCUUUUGGUGAAUCAUUUUAUAAGAAGUUGAAAUCCCUAUGCUAUAUUUACUGAAAGGCUGUGAUACAUGUAAUGUCUCAGAUUUGUUCAUGGAAACCGAAUCAGAUGGUUAGAGAGGUUGGCAAUACAGGAUCUGCAGGAAUAAAUGAGUAAACAAACUUUUCUAAUCUAAACUUGAUCUUCAUGUUUUUCUCAAACUUUACCCCAACCCAUUUCUUACAUGUACGCUCAGUCUUCUCAGUAUUUGGGGUUACUGGUUCAGCAGAAACCAGGAAAAACAAUAACUUUGUAGUAAUCAGAAUGUUAUUCAACUGUAUAUUGUUUACUUUAUUGUAAAUACUGGUGAACAGUGGUCAAUAAAUAGUUUUAUAUUCAUUUA